CAAACGCGAAACCGAAACUCCGUCCCCGAUUCCCCAAUCCCCAAAUCCCUAACCCUAGCCUCGCCACCGCCGCCGCCGAGAUGCUCCGCUCGCCGGGCCACUCCCCUCGCCACCUCUCCCCGUCCCCGGCGCCCUCCACGCCUCGCCCCUCCUCCCCGACGCCCUCCUCGGCCUCCGCCUCCGCGCUCGCCGCCGCCUCUUCGUCCAAGCGCCGCCGCCCGGAGGUGCUCGACGAGGACACCUACGUCGCCGCCGUCGAGCGCAUCAUCGAGCGCGACUUCUUCCCGGACCUCCCGCGCCUGCGGGACCGCCUCGACUGGCUCCAGGCCCUGCGCUCCCGCGACCCGCUCGUGCUCCGCGACGCGCAGCUCAAGAUCCUCGAGCGCAGGCGGCGCGUCCAGCGCCGCGGGGGCCCCGUUCCCACCCCGACGCCCGCCACCUCCACCGCGCUCCGCUCCCCGUCCUUCCUCGCCACCCCCUCCGUCGCGCCCUCGGUCGCCGGCGAGGAGGGCGCCGAGGUGGACGACGAUGUCGAGGCCGCGCUCUCGCUCGACGACUUCUUCCGCCGCUUCACCAGCGAGGACAACGAGUCCUUCUCCCGCAUCCUCGAGAAGGUCAACCACCGUCGCCGCGAGCGCUAUGCCCACCUGCUGGAGCCCGCUGAGGCGGCGAAGGCACCCCUGCUGGAGGAUGCCAAGCGCGACCGGAUAACCGAUGGGUAUGGCACAUCGGGCCAGCCGCCGAGCACCUUGGAGGGUGCCAAGUUCACGGCCAAGAACCUGCUCAUGUACUACCCAGCUGACCGUGGGGAGGCGCCGCUUACUGAUGAGGAGCGCACCGAGCGGAUCAAGGGGAUGACCAAGGAGAUUGACCGGUCAAACACCAGGUUCCAUGGGAGGUCUUCCGCUGAUGAUGGUACGACCAAGGAGGAGGAGGCGGCUGCCAUACUGUAUGCACCAGUUGCUGGCUCUACUCCUGGUGGUAUGGCAUACCAUGAUCCUGAUAAAGCAAAGAAGUAUGAUUUGGAGGAUUUAAGGAAGACUCCAAACCCAUUCUAUGUCGAAUCAGGGAAGAACCCGAACAAUGGGUAUAGUUUUGUGAGAACACCAUCGCCAGCACCUGGUGUGGAUGAGUCACCAUUCAUGACUUGGGGAGAGAUUGAUGGAACACCACUGAGAUUGGACCCUGAGGAGACACCAAGUGGUUCUGGGGGAAGUGAUACAGCACAUUUUAAGAUCCCACCUCCACCUGCUCGGGAUGUGAAGGCACAUCUGCUCUCAAGGGAUGCGGCAAGGAAGAUAAAGGAGCGCACUAAAAUGUUCCACAAGCCACCACUACCAUCACCUGUGAGAGGAGGCAGUGCAAGCCCAAGGACCUUUUCUCCUGCAGCACAGAAGUUUGUUAGGAAUGCCAUUGCGAAGUCCUCACGUACCAUUGAUGAGUCGCUACGUGCAAGUUACAGAGGGACAACCCCAUCCGCAACCACUCCGAAGACGAGGUUUUCAAGAGACCCAAGCUUGGGAUCGCGAUCUCCAUCAAUGAGGCAGGGUUCAACCCCUCCCUGGUGAUUUCAAUAAACUUCAUUGUGUGCUAUCCUUAUCCUUAUCCUUAUCGUAAAAGAGAUAAGACUUCCAUCCCUGUAUUGUAGCAAAUUAUAUAACAUAGAAAGAGAAUGGCAGUAAUUUCCAUUUUCCAUGGAGGCUUUGUGCUAAAUUUGCCUAAUUACCUUUGUGAAGUGCAAAGUUUUUAUUUCCUCAGUUUCAAAAUGCAUCGCUAGAAUCUGUAGUCAAUAUAGUCUAACCGGCAAAUAAGAUAUGAACUUAA